AUGCAAUUCCAGGUCUUACUUCUACAAUUUUUAAGUUUGCAGUUAUUUUAUGUAACUAAGGCUAACCAUUUUCGGGGAGGGACAAUUAGUUGGAAAUCGACUGGAAACGGAUAUGAGGUCCAGUUUUCCUUUAGACUUGGUUGGAGGUACGGGGCAGGUCCUGGGUGCACCACUGCUCGUAUAGGACAACUUGUAACCGGAAUGAAUACCACGUAUUGGCGAUGUACGUCUGGAUGUAGUCCAGCUGUGAACCUCAACAAUGUGAAUUAUAUUUGCACUGGUGCAAGUGUGUCUGGAAACUGGGAACAAGGGGAGAGAACCUUUACAUAUACAUUUCCAGGACCAGGUCCAUUCACAGUUGAGUUCACUGGCGGUGCAUGGGUGACAUUAAGUAAUCGACCUGGAGGUAGUUGGUCUAUUGGAACAAUAGUUAAUUUAAAACAAAGAAGUGAUACUCACAAACCAAAUACUAGCCCAAUUACAACAGGAAAACCGAUGUAUAUAGUACAAUAUAACUGUCAAAAUGACAUUCGAAUCCCUGUUGCUGAUGCCGACGGCGAUGAUAUUCGAUGUCGCUGGUCAAAUGGAUCAGAAUGUGUCUCUAUAUGCAACGCACUGCCAGCUGCUACCAUCGAUAGUAGAACCUGCACUAUUAAAUUUCCAUCUAAUCAUACACAAAAUGGGACCUUUGCUGUAGCUGUAACAAUGGAAGAUUUCCCUAAAUCGACGAUUUCUGUUGGUGGAACGGUGCACGGACCAAACACCCCCAUAUCUUCUGUUACAUUACAGUUUCUUAUCACAACACCUCCACUGUCUGGGAGAUGUAACGACAAACCAGUGUUUGUCAGCCCUACUCCAGCUGCUGGAUCAACCUUACAGGCAAACAUAUUACAAACCUUCCAAGUGUCCUUUUAUGCUUCAGAUAGUAGAAGAAUAACAAAGAUGGACAUCACUUCACCUGCCGGUAUGACCUAUACAUCAUUACAGUCUGUCUCGUCCAGACCUGGAACCUUCUUUGUCAGCACUUCCUGGAUACCUCAGCAGAACCAAGUAGGAUCCCACAUUGUUUGUGCUCUAGCCGAAGACACGUUUGGGAAAACCAGCGAAUCAAGGUGCCUAAAUAUCAACGUAAAUGACGUGAGUCCGUGUGUGAGUUCUCCUUGUACAAAUGGUGGCACGUGUGUACGACAAGGAAUCACUCAGAACUACAGGUGUAACUGUUUACCUGGCUACACGGGACACAGGUGUGAAACAGAUAUAAAUGAAUGUGCGAGUGCACCCUGUCAGAAUCUUGGGACUUGUCAUGACCACGUUAACGGUUUUACCUGUACCUGUAGGGGCGGCUUCACUGGACUGAUGUGUCAAACAGAUAUUGACGAAUGCCAAAGUGAUCCGUGUCAGAACAAUGGAUCGUGUACCGAUCUUAUCAACAGGUUUAAAUGUUCCUGUAUACCAGGGUUUACCGACACAGUAUGCCAUACAGAUAUUGAUGAAUGUGCCAGCUCUCCUUGUCAGAACAAUGGAUCAUGUAUUGAUGAGAUUAAUCGGUUCCGGUGCUCAUGUGUUCCGGGUUUUACCGGCUCCAUCUGUGAAAUAGAUAUCAACGAGUGUGCAAGUAACCCCUGUUUGAAUUCGGGUACCUGUAACGAUCUAAUUAACCACUUCACCUGUUCUUGUCGAGCAGGGUAUACAGGGACAAUAUGUGAUAUAGAUAUAAAUGAAUGUGCGCCAGAUCCCUGCUUAGUUAUUUUUGACUGUGAAGAUCGUGUGAACGAAUACUACUGCAGGAUAAACAAAUGGAAGCUUGCCAUCAUCAUUUGUAGUAUUCUUUUUGUAAAUCUGACGGUUAUUUCUAUUGUCAUUUACCUAUCAAAAAGACGAAAGUACAGAGAUGUCGACCAUUCUUGGUUGUCCAGUUUCAUUGACGUUCGUAAACCCGAUAUCCAGCCUAGGGUUUUAUUCAGAAGUGACAUUCCAUUUAAACGAUUCUAAAUAAGAAACCCAUUUUUAGAAGAGGUAGAGAGUCGACACAAAGUAUCUCAUUAUUAGAGGACAAAAAGAGUCGACACAAAGUGAAAAGGACUCCUAUUAUUAGCUUACUUUGUUAGAUAUGUUUU